CAACAACCAUAUGUGAUCUGUAGAAUUGACCCCUCACAAGAUAAACACAAUGAAUCAGGAAUUAUAAAAGAAGAGGAAAGUGGAGAACAUCAUGUAAGAACACAAAUGCCGACUGUUGGAUUCAUUUAAUGGAAUCAAAUCUUUUUGGAAAUAAAUUCAAUAGGCCUGUGUGACGUGGGAAACAACCCCGACAGAAAACCCUUCAGCAGCAGUCGCUCCUCCAUUCAUCUGUCUAGACAUUUUUUCACACAGAAUAAGCACAUCUACUCUCUCCUCUGAACGCUCUUAUGGGUAAAUAAUCCCCAGAAAGCAUCUAAUUUGAACGUCGUUUUGGAUUCUUCCGUGUGAUUGUGGGCGAAAUCUAGUGGUAGCCAUGUCUGGUAAGGGCAACCCCAGCCCACACCUCAAUGGCUUCCAAAUGGCCCACUAUUCCUAUUUCUUCCCGCACAUACUGGGAGGGCUUUCUCCGCCUUCUCUGCCCACCCUACCCCUCAGUGGAUACAGCACACCUUCACCAGCCACUAUCGAAACCCAGAGUACGAGUUCAGAGGAGAUCGUCCCGAGCCCACCCUCUCCGCCCCCUCCUCCUCGCAUCUAUAAGCCCUGCUUUGUGUGUCAGGACAAAUCUUCAGGGUACCACUAUGGCGUCAGUGCCUGUGAGGGCUGCAAGGGUUUCUUCAGGCGAAGUAUCCAGAAGAACAUGCUCUACACGUGCCACAGAGAGAAGAACUGCAUCAUCAACAAAGUCACCCGCAACCGCUGUCAAUACUGCCGGCUGCAGAAGUGCCUGGAAGUGGGAAUGUCCAAAGAAUCAGUGAGGAACGACAGGAAUAAGAAGAAGAAAGAAGAGAAAAAGCAAGAAUGUACAGAAAGCUACACACUGAGCCCAGACACAGAGCAGAUGAUUGACAGAAUCAGGAAAGCCCACCAAGAGACCUUCCCCUCGCUUUGUCAACUCGGCAAAUACACCACGAGUAACAGCUCAGAGCGACGCGUGUCACUGGACGUGGAUUUGUGGGAUAAGUUCAGCGAGCUCUCCACCAAGUGCAUCAUAAAGACGGUGGAGUUCGCCAAGCAGCUGCCGGGAUUCACCACCCUCACCAUCGCAGACCAGAUCACACUGCUGAAAGCCGCUUGCCUCGACAUACUGAUUCUGAGGAUCUGUACCCGCUACACGCCUGAUCAAGACACUAUGACGUUCUCUGACGGGUUAACGCUGAACCGAACACAGAUGCACAAUGCUGGCUUCGGUCCGUUAACAGACCUGGUGUUCGCCUUCGCCAAUCAGCUACUACCGCUAGAAAUGGAUGAUGCAGAGACGGGACUGCUCAGUGCUAUUUGCCUGCUCUGUGGAGAUCGGCAGGAACUGGAGGAAGCCGAUAAGGUGGAUGUACUGCAGGAACCGCUGCUGGAAGCACUGAAGAUCUAUGUGAGGAACAGGAGGCCACACAAACCUCACAUGUUCCCUAAGAUGCUGAUGAAGAUCACCGACCUGAGGAGCAUCAGUGCCAAGGGGGCAGAGCGUGUGAUCACCUUGAAGAUGGAGAUUCCCGGCUCCAUGCCUCCUCUUAUCCAGGAGAUGUUGGAGAACUCUGAGGGUUUGGAGAGUUCCUCGGGCGGGAUCAGUUCACGGGCCGCCGGCGCCCCUCCAGGCAGUUGUAGCCCCUCCCUUUCUCCAAGCUCUGCCCAGAGCAGCCCACCCACGCAGUCACCAUGACAACCGUCAAUGCCGACAUCAUUAGCCACUUACUGACUACUUUGUGCCCUCCCCGACACGACAGCAGACACAUUCAAAAGCACGCGCUCAUAUUGUCGCUCCUCUGCCCGUGUUCCUCAGAGACUAAGGGGGGCAUCAAAGGUGUGUCGCUGGAACUUUGUUGUUUUCUUUCCUCAGAUCAGACUGUGAUUGUAGUCCUCCUCGAUUUCGCCACUCUGUUGCUGAGUCCUUUUGGAUGAAGGGAGGAAAAC